AUGCCGCACUACCAGGCUUGGGAGGAGUUCACGCGCGCCGCCGAGAAGCUCUACCUCGCCGACCCCAUGAAGGUGCGGGUUGUUCUCAAGUACCGCCAUUGUGAUGGGAACCUCUGCAUCAAAGUAACGGAUGAUGUAGCAUGUUUGCUGUAUCGAACAGACCAGGCGCAAGACGUGAAGAAGAUCGAGAAAUUCCACAGCCAGCUCAUGCGGCUCAUGGUGGCGAAGGAGUCCCGCAGCGCUGCCAUGGAAACGGACUGA